AGGCAGCAGGGGUAUAGGGUUUCUUUCUCUCUUUUUUUCUUUCGGCCGACACUCGUGAGAGAGAAACAGAGCGCAAUGGCGCAGUCGCUGGAGCUGCUGCUGAUCCAAUUCUUGAUGCCGGACAACGACGCCCGGCGGCAGGCGGAGGAGCAGAUAAAGCGGCUGGCGAAGGACCCGCAGGUGGUGCCGGCCCUCGUCCACCACCUCCGCACCGCCAAGACCCCCAACGUCCGCCAGCUCUCCGCCGUCCUCCUCCGCAAGAAGAUCACCGGCCAUUGGGCUAAGCUCCCGCCCCACGUCAAGCACUCCGUCAAGUCCGCCCUCAUCGAGAGCAUCACCGUCGACCCCAGUUCUCCAGUGAGGCGAGCAAGUGCCAAUGUUGUGAGUGUCAUUGCUAAGUAUGCCGUCCCAGCUGGGGAGUGGCCUGAUUUAUUACCUUUUCUUUUCCAGUGCAGCCACAGUGCGCAAGAAGACCAUAGAGAAGUGGCUUUGAUCCUUUUCAGCUCUCUAACCGAAACAAUUGGCCCUACAUUUCAAUCUCAUUUGUCAGAUUUACAACCUAUUCUGCUUAAAUGCUUACAAGAUGAGACUAGCACUCGUGUGAGAGUUGCUGCUCUAAAGGCGGUUGGGUCUUUGAUAGAGUUUAUCAAUGAUGGAGCCAAUGUAGUAAAGCUGUUUCGAGAAUUUAUUCCUAGUAUUUUAAAUAUCUCACGGCAAUGUAUUGCUAAUGGUGAGGAAGAUGUUGCUUCUAUUGCUUUCGAAAUCUUCGAUGAGCUCAUUGAAUCUCCUGCUCCACUUUUGGGGGAUUCUGUAAGAUCUAUUGCACAAUUUUCGCUUGAAGUUUGCUCACGUCAGAGUUUGGAAUUAAACAUACGGCAGCAGGCAAUUCAGAUAAUAUCAUGGCUUGCAAAGUACAAAGCUUCCUUUCUGAAAAAGCACAAACUGGUCAUACCUAUUCUGCAAGUUAUGUGCCCUUUACUUACAGAAACAUCUUCUGGGGAAGAAGAUUCUGAUCUUGCAGCUGAUAGAGCUGCUGCAGAAGUCAUUGAUACAAUGGCUAUAAACAUACCAAAACAUGUGUUUCCACCAGUUCUUGAAUUUGCUUCUAUGAACUUUUGUCAUAUUGAUCCCAAGUACAGGGAGGCUUCUGUUACAGCAUUGGGUGUUGUUUCUGAAGGUUGUUUUGAGUUGUUAAAAGAUAAGUUGGAAUAUGUUCUAAAUAUUGUAUUAGGAGCUUUGAAGGACCAAGAACAAAUGGUAAGAGGAGCAGCAUCAUUUGCACUGGGCCAGUUUGCAGAACAUUUGCAACCUGAGAUUUUGUCUCACUAUGGCAGUGUACUUCCCUGCAUUCUAAAUGCUCUAGAGGAUCCAUCAGAUGAAGUAAAGGAAAAGUCAUACUAUGCCCUAGCAGCAUUUUGUGAGGACAUGGGUGAGGAAAUUCUUCCUUAUCUGGAUGCUCUAAUGGGAAGAUUAAUCACAACUCUCCAAAGCAGUCCACGUAAUCUGCAAGAAACAUGCAUGUCUGCAAUAGGCUCAGUAGCAUCUGCAGCUGAGCAGGCUUUUCUUCCUUAUGCGGAGAAGGUUCUUGAAUUAAUGAAAAGCUUUAUGGUUCUUACAAAUGAUGAGGAUUUGCGCUCACGAGCUAGGGCAACCGAAUUAGUUGGAAUGAUUGCAAUGGCAGUUGGACGUACAAGAAUGGAACCAAUUUUACCUCCUUUCAUUGAAGCUGCACUUUCUGGUUUUGCAUUGGACUUUAGUGAGCUCCGGGAAUACACUCAUGGAUUCUUCAGCAAUAUUGCUGAAAUAUUAGAUGAUGGUUUUACACAGUACCUACCACAUGUUGUUCCUCUAGUAUUUUCUUCAUGCAAUCUGGACGAUGGGUCUGCAGUGGACAUUGACGAUGCUGACAGUAUUGACAAUGGCUCUGGGGGUGUGUCUUCAGAUGAUGAUACAAAUGAUGAGCCAAGAGUUCGAAAUAUUAGCAUAAGGACAGGGAUCUUGGAUGAAAAGGCAGCGGCAACUCAAGCUAUUGGCUUGUUUGCACUUCAUACAAAGCAUUACUAUGCACCCUAUUUGGAGGAGUCAAUGAAGAUUUUAGUUAGACACUCUGGAUAUUUCCAUGAAGAUGUGAGGCUUCAGGCUGUGAUAGCUUUAAAACAUGUUUUGACAGCUGCACAGGCAAUUCCUUCGGGACACACUGAUGUUUCAGAAAAACAAAAGGAAAUUCUUGAUGCCACGAUGAAUAUCUGUAUCAAGACCAUGACAGAGGAUGAUGACAAGGAAGUUGUUGCUCAAGCAUGCAUGAGCACUGCAGACGUCAUGAAGUACUGUGGUUAUGCUGCAUUAGAGUCCUAUAUACCUAGGCUUGCUGAGGCAACCCUGACACUUCUACAUGGGGAAUCAUCUUGUCAACAAGUGGAGUCUGACACUGAUACUGAAGGUGAUAUCGAUCAUGAUGAAGUGCUCAUGGAUGCAGUAUCAGACCUCCUCCCUGCUUUUGCAAAGGCUAUGGCAUCCCAUUUUGAACCUAUUUUUGCCAAGUUAUUUGAUCCCCUCAUGAAAUUUGCAAAAGUUCCACACCCCCCCCAAGAUCGAACAAUGGUUGUUGCUUGUCUGGCUGAGGUUGCUCAGGAAAUGGGUGCUCCAAUUUCUGCUUAUGUUGAUAGAAUAAUGCCUUUAGUACUGAAAGAGCUUGCAUCAUCUGAGGCAACCAAUCGGAGGAAUGCUGCUUUCUGUGUUGGUGAGAUCUGUAAAAAUGGAGGUGCUCCCACACUAAAAUAUUAUGGAGAUAUACUUCGUAGUCUUUGGACAUUAUUUGGCGAGUCAGAGCCAGAUGAUGCUGUAAGAGAUAAUGCUGCUGGAGCAGUUGCAAGGAUGAUAAUGGUGCAACCCCAAUCUAUUCCUCUCAACCAGGUGUUACCAGUAUUUUUGAAAGCUUUGCCACUAAAAGAAGAUCGUGAGGAGUCAUUAACUGUCUAUGGUUGCAUUUAUAACCUGCUCUUAUCUUCAAAUGCCCAGAUUCUUCCGCUAGUGCCAGAUGUGGUCCAAAUUUUUGCUCAAGUUGUAGUAUCUCCUGCCGAGAGUGAUGAAGUUAAAGCGCAGGUUGGCAUGGCUAUUUCUCACUUGAUAUCAGUCUAUGGUCAGCAAAUGCAACCUGUCCUGAGUGCUCUUUCACCUGCACAAGCUAAUGCAUUAGCAGCUUAUGCAAGUAAAAGGUGACAAUUGCGCGGACGGUAAAGCCCUUUGUCCUUAUUUAUGUUCUGCUGUGAAGGUAUUGAUUUGGGUGAAACUCUGCUCUGAACCAUCAAAAGAUUUUAGAACUGUUUUAGUCAUGUUGCCAUGAGAACAUAUAGCAGGAUCAGAAAUUCUGACCGGCUUCAUCAUGCUCCUCUUCAUGCUUCAUGCGUUAGUGGACAUUGAGCUGGCUGGAAGGAGGAAAAUCCGCUCUUCAACAUCGUGGUCGCAUUCGAAUUUUUGGUCGUGUCCGGCUUAAGCAACACUUAUAUCUUACCUUUAUUUUCAGUUUCAGGAGUUCCAGCUUGUGGUCAUUGUUUUAUCUUAGUCUGGGUGAUGUGCUGAACAUAUCAAUUUUUGCCAUUAUUCUUUAUUGCCUUUUGAGAUUUUUUAUUUAGGUGGUGAUUUUUUUUUCUUUUGGUCUAUAGAAUCAAAAGACCACAAAUCCAUGUGACGGGUAUUGAGUUUUGUGAUCAGUCUGUGUUUUUGCCUCUGUUUGAGAUUUCUCUAUUCAAUUUUUGUUGUAUAUAAUUCUGUAAUCAAAAAAUUAUAAACUAUAUUUUUUUUAUAUAAAUUGUGUUGUUUCUGACU